GAAAUGGUCAGUACGCAUUGUGUAUACUGUAUCGUUCGUGAACUCCAGCGAAUUCUUGUCCCAUCCACCGAUUUUUUGCCGUUGUCCUUCGAUCUCUUCUCACGAUGGCGAAUGAGACUUGUUCGUCUGGCGAAGUCAUGACUGAGGCCGCGAAAACGGUAAAUCAGCUCUACAAGAUCCACAAUCAGGAUGACUUCAGCCGGAUCACCAAAGGAAUCAAGGUUGCACGGUGCAUGCAAUCACCGUCGUCUUACGUACCUGACAGCGAGCAGAUAAUAUGCGAGCUGGUGGUAUCCGAUUCUUUGUGUUGUUCUUAUUGUAAUACCGAAUUUGAGGACAAGGUGCAACAGAGACUCCACUACAAGCUGGAUUGGCACCGUUACAAUCUGAAGCAACAUCUGAAUGGUUUGAAGUCAAUUAGUGAGGACAAUUUCAAUAAGUUGGCCGGCGAAGGCGACAUGUCUAGCUUGUCUGGUAGCGAGGUAGAGUCCGAGAACGAUGAUGAUGCUGGUACUUCGGAGACUGGGGCUUCAUCUAAUGAGCAAAUCAAGAACGAGUCGUCAAAUAAGACUGGACUUGGCAGGUCUAGAAAGAUGUCAGAAAGACGCGGGAAGGCAAUCGAGUCAGACAUUUCGGAUACGGAGUACAACGAGGAAAUGUCCAAGGAGCGGAAGCUGCAGGUUGUCGCAAGUCGUCACACCAAGGUGUUUUUCGAAAACGAUGAUGGCAAUAUAUUUAGUAUCUACCGGUGUUUGCUGCAUCAUAAAAAGGACAUUCCCGAAAAAGACACCGAGAUGAUCGCUCAGGCACUGGACAGCGGCAGAAAGUCCAAAUGGACGGUCAUCAUGGUCGGUGGUGGACACUUCGCCGCGGCAGUAUUUCAGGAUGGUGAGCCUAUCGUGCACAAGACCUUUCAUUCUUAUACCGUGCGAGCAAAACAAGGCUUCGCACAAAAUUCUCGUACAAAUGGUAAUCACGCGAAAAGCGCUGGUGCCAGUUUGCGAAGAUAUAAUGAAGCAUCGCUUAUUCAGCAUGUACAAGAGAUAUUGGAGUCAUGGUCAAUGCACAUCAACAAUUCAGCAGCUAUUUUGUACCGAGCGGUCGGUCCACACAAUCGUACGGUGCUCUUUGGUGGCAAGAAUCCACCCUUAGAUAAGAACGAUUUUAGAAUAAGACCACUGCCAUUCCCUACUCGAAGAGCAACGUUUAGAGAAGUUAAGAGGGUAUACGAUAUUUUGAGCACCAUGGAGAUUUAUGGCUCUGCAGCGGAUUUCACGGACUGUUUCCCCAACUCUCCGCGACAGCCCGUACGGAAGAAGGUCUCGAAACCGGAAAUCAUGAGCGAGAUACCUGAGGGAGAAGUUGCUACGGAGUACAAUUCUAAUGCUGGUAAUAUUAGUAGUCCGCAGGAUAACGUUAAGACACCUGCGCAGUCUACUCCAGAGAAGCAACAUCGGAAUUCUCGUCCGCACAUAGAUAGAGCGAAGCCGAGGAAAAGUCCGAAUCGGCCACUGCCAGAUAUAAUUGUUAAAUUAGCUCAAUCGUCCUCUGAGUCCGAAAUGGAUCCAAAUUUUCCAAUGGACGUUCCUUUAAUUGAAGAAAAUUUUGAGGUGUCAUUUACAAAUUUACAAGCGUUUCAAGAUACUGUGCCGAGAUACAUGAAAAACAAGAAAGCUCAUCGACAGAAAAAGAAAGUCAAGAAGGACAAUCAGAUGAACAAUGAAGUGCUGUCGGACGCUAAGAUCAAAUUAUGGACUGCCUGUAAACGGGGCGAUAACGAUCUGUUAUCAUCGGUUAUUGAUACCUUGUUAGCCAAAAUUAAGGAGUGCGAAGAGGAGCAAAACAAGAAAGAUGUCACAGACAGUUGCGUUAUGUCCAACAAUACUCUCGUGAGCACGAAUGACGUGGCGAAAUUAGUUAACGAUACCAAUGAGGAUGGCAAUACAAUGCUGCAUUUGGCAGCACUCGGUGGACAUUGUGAGCAAGUGUGGUUGCUGCUGGAAAUCGGAUCUGACCCUUGCAAUAAAAAUAAAAAACUGCAGACACCGUAUGCUGCUGCAAACGAUAAGAAAACUAGAAAUACGUUUAGAAGAUUUAUGGAAGCUAACCCGGACAAGUUCAAUUAUCAAAAAUCUCAAAUACCUGGGCCGCUCUCUGAUGAGAUAGAACAAGCAGAAACGGAAAAGAAAAGACAGCAGCGGAAGUUGAAACGCUUUAAGGAGAAAGUUAAGAGGAAGGAAUUCGAAUUGAAGAAGCAGGAGGAAAACGAGAAGCAGAAAUUCCUUAAUCUCAGCGAUAAAGAAAAGAGAGCUUUGAUCGUACAGAACCGGAUGUUGAGUGAAGGAUACACUGUGGUGUCGCGAUGCUUCCAAUGCGCCAUCGAUAUGACUGACAAGGUGCCUUUCGAGUAUAACGCCAAUCGUUUCUGCUCAAUGCCAUGUCUCAAAGAGCACCGUCUUCACAAUAAAUAUGUUAUCUGAUGGUGCAUUAUGUCUAGCUAGGAAAACUUUUAUGCCAAUUACUCAUUUGCAAUCGUGAUUACGAGAGGCUGCAUUUACAGUCAAAUUACAGUCAACCCCAGAUAGCAUACGAACGUUCUAUAAAUAUUUAUUAAGAAUAUUUGUACAUUCUGUAGAUGUAUUAAAAUAUUAAUAGUAUGUUCAUAGUAUAUUCUAAUGCUACAACUGUUCUAUGACCAUAUAUAAAAUAUUUUACACAAUGUUCUACAUAUUUUCAUAUAUGUCUGCCUAAUCUUAUGCACAUAAUAAGGUUCCCAGAGAACAUUAAAACAUCUUAAAGACAUCCGAAAAUCAUACUUUAAGACAUCUUAAAUAAUCUCCUGAGUAGUUAUCACAAUCAUAUUGAAAUUGUGACGUUAGAAACGAGAAAUGACACGUUAAUUUUUGUUGUGUAAAUAAAACGACGAAAAAAAAUAACGAGAUCGCGUUAAAACAUUUGUAAAAAUGGACGAAAACUGUGCUUAUUUCCCCUGAUAGUAAAUAAUCGUAAAAAAUGAUAAAAGGUAUGUGUAAGUGAAAAUAGGCUACGCAUUGAAUAAAAGUAUUUCAUCAUUUACGAAUCUAAAUUGUUUUUAUUUACAAAUGGCAUGUGAUAAAAAUUAACGUGUCAUUUCUGAUGUCAUGAUUUCAAUGUGGCUGUGAUGACUACUUAGGAGCCUUAAAGUCAUAUUUUAAGACAUCUUAAAAUGAUCAUAAAGAUGUCUUAUGACCCACUUUGUCUUUAGGGAGUUUUUCAAACGCUCUAUAUUUAGACGUUUUAAAUCAUGACUCACGUCUUUUAGAUAUCUUAUAAAAGACAUUUGCGAUCUCCUUUAGACGUCUCUAGACGUUAUAAUGUUUUCUGAGAAAUAAUUUAUUUAGGCCUUGCAGCAACAUUAUUUUUACUUUCUUUUUUUAAUGCCGUGAGAAAGAGUUCAGUUAAUGCCGAGAAAUAGAGUUUUAAACCUCGCUUAAAAUCAAAGUAACAUUGAUACAAUCUUAGACAUAAAUUUUAGAAUUUUAGAUUAUAUUAGCCGUGUCGAUAUUUACACUGCCAUUUACUUACCACCUUUCCGUACCACAUCAAAAUUUCUCAGGGGGUAAUUAGAUAAUAUUAUUAACAUAUUCUCCAAUGCCUGACUCUUGGAGACAAUUGGCACUAGUUUGGUAACUCUGGCGGAAACUGUAUCAGCUAUGGUGCACCAGCUUUGUUGGAUCAGGCCCAGACAUAUAUAAAAAUACUUAGAACUCUUUUACUCGAAAUAAAGUUUUGAAAUGCG